GGUACGAAAAAGCCUUUCGGCCCAAGCUGGGAAAAAGCCACUGUUCUUUAAAUGUCUGCGGGGCUCGUGGGGCUCUCUGCUAAACACAAGACUGUCAACAUAGAAACAUGGCUGCCUCUGCGACGAGCAAGGCGAAUAACAGAAAUAACGCUACUACAGACAAUCCGAAAUGUCACGAAGAGUCUCUGUCGCAGUCACGGGAAAUAAUAAAACCCAGCAUCACGGAGCUGACUAAAGAAGUGAGGACGAACAUCCUCUGCACCGUGGAAGGGUGUGGGAAGAUUCUCCCCAACACACCUGCAUUAAACAUGCAUCUUGUUAAGUCACACAGAAUAAAGGAUGGUAUUGUCAAUCCUACGGUCAGAAAAGACAUGAAGGGCCCUCAGAAGCUUUACUGCUGUCCAGUUGAAGGAUGUCCCAGAGGGCCCAACAGACCUUUUUCUCAGUUCUCCCUGGUUAAACAACACUUCAUGAAGAUGCAUGCGGAGAAAAAACACAAGUGCUUUAAGUGUAACAAUGGCUACAGCACCGAGUGGGACCUAAAGAGGCAUAUAGACGACUGUGGGAAGACCUACCACUGUACAUGUGGCUGCCCCUAUGCUAGUAGGGCUGCCCUACUCUCGCAUAUCUACCGCACAGGUCAUGAGAUUCCUACAGAACACAGAAUUCCGCCAGUAAAAAAGCGAAAGAUGGAGAAACUGUUGAGUGGUUCGGAAAAGGUUAAGGCCAAUGGGCCAACCUGUCAGAUCAUACCUGCUAAUAAAGAGCUGACAGAGACUGCUCUCCCUUCGGAUACAAUUGAUCAUAUCCCAGACUCGUUGAAUCAGAACUCCAACCCCUGUAAGGUCCUCCAGAAGUUGCUUCUACCAAAGCCCAAGAUGGCUUUGGUCAGUGUUCCUGUGAUGCAGCUGGCCCACCUGCCAGUCCUUCUUCCAUCUACAGAAAGCGGGGCUCUGAGGUCUGUAGUGCUGGCAGUAGACAGUCAAGGCUCCGUCCGCACCCUGCACCUCCUGCCACAAGGCAUGGGAGCUGUGGUACCCCAAUUUGAUGCUAAGAGUUUGUGUUUCAAGGAUGGCAUGCCUACUUCCCGCUCUAGCCUGGGGCCUAUUAGCAUUGGGGUGCAGGUCAGUCUGGACACUGCAAGCACAGAUGACUCAGCCAGCCUGGCAGGGCAACGGGGAAGAAGCACCUCCACCAACAUUCAGACGGACAAAUCCUACUUGUCAACAGUGCUUUCAGGAGUGGGGGUUGGAGAGGGGAUGGGGUUGUGCUCUGUGGGUGAGUCCUCAGUGUCGUCCUGCUCCCAAACAGACAUCAGCGUGAGUGCCCAAGUCCUCCUGCCAGUCAGUGUUGAAACCCAGACAUUCUCCUCCCGGACCAAAGCCACAUCCUCUAUUGGUGCUCAGACAGGCACGAGUCAAAUUCCUUGUGCCACCUCAUCUGUGCCCCCAUACAAAACCAGGCAGACACAGACCCAUUUUGCCGUGCCACAAUUAGAGGAGAAGGCUCAGGACCAUGCAAUCAUGUGCUCUGACCUAUUCGGCAGUGACUCCCUCAGUGUCUCCACUCAAACAGCUCUGGAGAUAGAUGAUACCCUCACUGCUGGCGGGAGCAGUAUGUAUGAGGACUCAAAGUCAGCUGGUGCUAUGUGUUUUGGGGUGCAGACAGAUGAACUCAAUUCAAACAGCAUGGCAGAUAACCAGACCCAAACAAUGACCCUGUUAAAUGACUUAGAAAAUAUUCUGUCUGACAGCAUGUCAGGCCACCAGGUGCUCACAGAAGGCUCUGCAGGCUGCGGCUCAGGUCUAGGAGCUGUUCAGGAGCAACACAAUGGCAUUGACUUUGACUUUGAAGAGUUUCUCAACGCCGUGCACAUUCAGACACAGACAGAGGAGAGUGAGCUGGGAGGACUGGGUGGCGACACACCGCUGGAGUCUCUGGACAUCCAGACCCAGACAGACUUCCUCUUGAUGGAUGAAAUGGACCAAAGUGAGGGACCAAGUCGUAUACAUACCAGCGACCUGGAGCUAUUUGAUACUCAAACUCAGACUGACCUCAAUUUUCUGCUGAACGCCGGAAGCCACAUGCCCCUGAGCAGCAUCCUACGACACUCAAGCUUUUCCAUGAGCACCGAGUCUUCAGAUACAGAAACACAGACGGAUCUCCCUUCAUUUGCCACAGGUCUGUCUGCUCCAACACCUGUGAGUCAGGGUGAGCAUGCAAGGCUGCUGAACAGCACAGAGACACAGACUGUGACCAGACAGGCAGAAGGCCUGGGACACCUCUUCCUAACGAGUAAUGAAACACAAACUGUCAUGGAUGACUUCUUGUCGGCAGACAUGGCGUGGAAUAUGGAGUCUCAUUUCAGCUCUGUGGAAACCCAGACAUGUGAGGAGCUCUGUGCUCUCUUUCAGCACUCUGAGAAACCCAACAGCUGAAGAACCCCUUGGUGAAGCUGCCUAAGCUUUUGCAGUACAGGUUUUAUAAUGGCUGCCAGUUCCUGUUAAAGGAAUCAGUCUACGUUGUCCUCCAGCGGACCACAGUCUUGGCAGUAAGAAGUCUGCGAAAAUGUCUUCAGUAUAUAACCUGUAUAUGUCCAGGUAUAUAUCCUGACCAUCUCUGUUGCACUUUAUUAGCUCAACGGGCUUGAUUUAUCAGCUCUUGUGACCGUUUACAUAUUUAUUUGCACAUAAAGUAAUAUUGUAUGUCUUGUCUGAAAUGCCAGUUUACUUCUUUGUUUUUGUGUACAACCACUGUAACUGGUUUUCACUGUUCAGUCUUACUAUCAGUUUAACAGUGACUCAACAUUUAAUGUAUUUUAUGUUAGCUCUGCACUUAAAAGGGAUGACAUCUUUAAAUGUGCUUUGCUGUCGAGAAAAGGUUUAUAAAAUUGUUGUUGUUUGACAGAUAUACUGCAUGAAAACAAUUUCAUCUCAGCUGUACAUCAAAGAACAUUGUGCAUUUAGUUUACAUACAGUAUAUGUUUGGAAAAGUGCAUGAAGCCUUCACUUGGUCAGCAGCACAGAAACAAAAUAUCUCUUCUCAGCUUGUGCGUCUAAUGGCUGCCUCGUUGACGUUGCCUUGUCAGCGGCAGCAAGACUAUAAACUCUGAAUGACAUCCUGCAGCUUCAUGUUACCCAAAAAUAAAACCCCAUAAAGCCUCAACCACAAACAAGGCAUUGCUCAAACCCGUUAAGAUGUGUAUCUCUGAAACAUAUCGUUACAGAUGUGGCACAUGUAAAAAUGAAUUGUUUGUCCUAUCAGUUGUUGCACACUUUUCAUUGAAAUGUGAUUAUGUAGUUUGAAGUUGUUAAACACUUUUUUUGUGUCAGAAAUUCUAGCAGUGAGUUCAAGUCAGUAAGCAUACUAGGCUGUCAUUGUCUUGGAGUUAUUAAUUAGCUGGGUGUAAGUGUAUGCAGUAGCAGUACUCUGCUGAAGUCAUCCAGGAACUUUACUGUACAGUAACACAUGGUGGAUUAGCACAGAGCUAUUGUACAUGUCCACCACCGGUUUGGACUGAAAGGAGUCCUUUUGAAUUUUUUCCGAUUUUACCCUUAACAAUCAGACGCAGUAGGUUCAUUUUCUAUCUCUUCUCCAAGCAAGUAAAACUGAUGUUUUGAUUUUGUUUUACUGGUGCACUGAGUUAGCUCAUGAAGCACAGGCACCACACGCAGGCUGUGCUGCACUUAGGAUCCCAGAGCUAUAGGCCUCGAUUAUUUGUUCAUUUUGUUACAUUGGUGCCUCAAACCAAGUAUUACCAUUUUAGUUCUGUUACACUUUACUGCUUUAAAAUAAUUAUUUAUCAGAAUUACACUGAAAUUUGUUUUGAAAAAUGGACAAGCACUGAACAAAGUGUCAUAAUCCUUUCAUUCUGCAUGUUUAAUUCAUUCUCUCAUCGGUUUGCAUGAAAUAGGGAAAUGCCCCUAAUUGUUCUCCAUAGUUUCUAUGGAAAGAUUUAUGUUCUGUCACAUGAAAAAUAAGAGAGAGAAAAGAGAAUUUGUUUGAUGCCUUCUCACUAUUUUAUUGGCAGGGUGGUUAAUGUUGUAACAGUUUAUAAAUGUACAGGACAUGACAGUGUGCCAUCGGAUAACAUGCUCUAUUUCCUUUGCACCCUUUCCAAAAUGUCCCUGUGUCUACAAAGAUUUUGACUCUAAACUUCAAAACGUCUUGUAUUGAGAUCAGUACUUUUAGUUUGUGGUUCUUGAACUCCAGUGCAGCAGUAUAGCUCCUCCCUGCUGGUUUAGUGGCACAAUAAAACGCCUUGCUUUAAAUUAUUAAUUUAAUAAAAAUUAAACAGAACUAUGUGUGGAAGCCUUGUCAGCCUCAAGCGUCAGUUACAGUGCUUUAAUUUCUCUCUGUAGGGAAUGCAUGCAGAUAUUUUCCCUGCACAAAAUAUUUGUUUUUGCAGAAUUUGAGUUCCAGUUGCCUGUAUGUGUAGAGUUAAUGGUUGCCUUGAUUAAUUGUUGAAACUACACUACAAGAUGUUCUCAAUAAACUGUUGGAAUGUGUA